AUGAACCCCGAUGCUAGUUUGAUUACUGCGCUCGUAGAGCGGUGGCGACCCGAGACGUCGACCUUCCAUCUACCGUGUGGUGAGAUCACGAUCACGUUAGAGGACGUUGUUACACUGUCCGGUCUGGCGAUCGACGGUGAUGCCGUCGUAGUUGAUAUACUGGAUGAGGAGUGGUCGGCGAUCUGUUUGAGACUGUUAGGACAGGUUCCGGUUGAUCUUGUAGGCGGUGUCGCUGUUGUUAGGAUUGUUUGGCUGAGGGUUGAAUUCAGUCAUCUGCCGGAAGAUGCAUCACAGGAGGUUAUAGAGCAGUUUGCACGAGCUUAUGCUCUAUCUCUGAUUGGAGGUGUACUUUUCCCGGAUCGGUCUGGAUCUACGGUGCACCUACAGACCUACUUCUGA